UUACGAAUUCAAAGUUAUUUCUUAAAUUUUUAAAUUUAACAAAUAAUUUGCCGUAACUUCUCAGAAUGAUGAAUAAUUCAUUAUAUCUGAUAGAGGAAGAACUUAUUCCUCAAUAAGUAAAGCAUUAAAUAAAUGGAAUUUGCUUCUGUAUCUAAAUCAUCACCUCUUUUUAAACUUAGUUCCGGGUGAAUAGGAACAUCUUAUUUCUAACCGAACUUCCAGUUAGGCAGGAAAGAAGUUUCCGAUCAACCGUAUCAUCUUCACUAGUUAGCGAACCGCAAAGAUGUUAUGCAUUUUCUUCCGUUGAGAGUUUCUUUAGCUAGUCACUACUAUCCUAAUGAUUCGAUUAUUCGGAUGUUAAACUUAUUUCUGAUAUGGUAACAUUGCUCCUAAAACUUCAAGUGGUAAAGUUGUAACAAUACUUUAUGCUAUUAUUGGAAUACCAUUACUUCUGUUAUGUCUCUCUAACAUUGGAGAUGUUAUGGCUCAUUCAUUCAAAUUUAUUUAUUGGAAAGUAUGCUGUUAUUUGUGUGUGAAACCGAAGAAAAGACGCAAAACCCGAUCUACUUAUCGGCAGGCUCGUUACACUCCAGCUAAUGAAGGUACUGUGGAAUUAAGAAAGACUACACCAGACACACCCAAAGCAGAUGAUAUUAGUUCUAGCAGCUAUUACACUGCACCAAGUACAAAUUCUUCUUCAAAUCCCAACAGUCCAAUAAAUAAAACACAUUUUGACUAUUCUGAUGCUUGUAAGCUAGCAGUUAUAACCAAUAAAUAUGUUAUUCAAGGAGAGGAGAUUUUACAUCAUGCUAAUUAUAACAUUCCCGCAGAAGUAAAAGACAGCAAAUGCUGGAACCAAGCAAUCAUUCCUGAUAGCAUUGUGAAUGUCGACUUUGAUGAAAAUUCUACUGAUGAUUCUGAGCAAGAGGAGAUUACAGUUCCUAUUUUAUUGUGCUUGGCUUUAGUAAUAGGUUAUAUUUGUGGUGGCGCAGUUUUAUUCAGUUGGUGGGAAGACUGGGGUUUUCUAGAUAGUUCUUAUUUCUGUUUUGUGACUCUGACAACCAUUGGAUUUGGAGAUCUGGUGCCAGGUACUGCAGUUGUUGGAGAUGACACCCAAUUAGCUCUGGGAUUAUGUUCCUUAUAUUUAAUGUUUGGAAUGGCACUUUUAGCAAUGUCUUUUAAUUUGGUACAGGAAGAAGUAACCAAAUCAGUAAGAUGCAUUGGAAAAAGAAUUGGAAUCUUAUCAGAUGAUGAUGACGACGAUGAUGAAAAUUAAAGGUUUCAAUUUUUAAAAAACAAGAAAUAAUUCUAAUAGUUGUACAUAAUAACUUUUGUUUUUUAAGUUAUCUUUAAACAAAAAAGUAUAAAGCAAAAUAU